GUAAAAGAUGCGUGGAGAUGGGAAUCACAAAGAAGGAGCGUGAAACCCGUGGCGAUAUAUUGUGCUACAUGCAGCACCCUGCGCACUUUGACUUGUUAGUCACCCACAAUCAACAGCAUGAGGCAGUCGACUAAGCUGGACAACGUGCAAGCAGGUGCGGAAACAACUGCAAAUGCAAGAACGAUUUGCCUUCGUAAUGGUGUAUCAAUGCCGAUACUUGGUUUAGGUACAUCUCACAGUGGCGGGUACUCUCACUCUACGGUCGUCUAUGCGCUCGAGGAAUGCGGCUACCGCAUGAUCGACACAGCUAAACGUUACGGGUGUGAAAGUUUUCUCUGCGAAGCCAUCAGGGAAUCUGGGGUUCCACGAGAGCAGUUGUUUCUCAUGACCAAGCUGUGGCCAAGGGACUACGGCACGCUUACCGCGAGGGAAGCCUUUCGUGGCUCCUUACAACGGUUAGGGAUUGAGUACAUCGAUCUGUUUAUGAUGCAUUGGCCCGAGUGUCCUUCCACGUGCCAGGACAGACAGCAGACGUUGGACGAUACUUGGCGGGAACUGGAACUCCUCUACGACGAAGGGUUAUGCGGGGCAAUUGGAGUUAGCAACUACGAGGUAGCAGACUUGGAAAGUCUCCUCGAAAACUGCUCUGUAGUUCCACACGCCAACCAGGUUGAAUUUCAUCCAUAUCAUUGUCCGAGAGACCUUCUGCAGUUCUGCAGAGAGGAAAAGAUUCAAUUCCAAGGGUACUCUCCGCUCGGAAAGGGCAAUUUAAUCGGAGACCCCGUGGUCCUGAAAGUGGCUGAAAAAUGCGGACGAACCCCAGCUCAAGUGCUGAUACGAUGGUCCAUCCAGAAUGAAGUGAUUGCCAUUCCAAAGUCAACUAAGAAGUACAGGGUUCAAGAAAAUAGCGAGGUGUUCGACUUUGAGCUUUCUCCAGAGGACAUGGCCAGACUGAACAGCCUCGACAGGGGCAUCAAAUACAUACAGAGGAGUGGAAUUCAGGAUAAAAUUGACUCAGACUUGCCGGAUGGUUACAAGCUACGCAUGGCUCAGGUUCCGGAUGAACGUGUGCGAAACUAUAGCUGAGAGCUUUUCGUUAACUGUGCCUCCAACGCUGAGGUGUCAUUCGAUUUCCAAUAAGUUAUUUCCACGAACACAACUCUGGUCAACUACCAUUUAGAUUUUUUUUUUUUUCAUUUCUUGUACACAGUUUUUGUCUGCGUAUAUUUAUUUAUUUAUUUAUGUGUAGGAACGUGCAUUCCCGAGAGCUUGAGAUGGGUCACAUUCCCCACUACUCCUUCCUCGCUCACGUGUGUUUCAAUUUUUGUCCAGUGGUGCAUCGUGCGUAUGUGACAUUUUCUUUCAAGCUCAAAAUAAAAACCGCUACAGUUGACAAAACAUGUUCUCCAGAAACAGCGUGACAUUUUUUAGUUGCAUCGAAUUCAUAAUAUACUGAUGAAUAGGCCUUUGUUCUUGUGUGCAAAUAUAUAUAUAGUUAUUAACACUGGGUGUGCUAACACUGUUAGCAUCCACAGACUAAACAUAUCAUACAUAUAAGUUAAAAAUGAGGAUGUCUGCAUAGAUCUACCGCAGUGCUAACCCACUUAGCCAAUUUCUUUUUUAUCUGUAUCACUCAUGAGGACACCAAAUACUUUUAGAGUAUGUCAAGAAGCUUGACAAGUACUGCCAAAUAAUGGAAUCAGGUUGGAAGAUUCCAGUGGUAUCAUGCGUCACAGUAUUAGGCAUGCCAUGAUCAAAGCUCGUUAAAUUAGGAGCAACUUAAAUUUACUGUGCGUUUGAUAUUGAACUUCAUUUUUGGUAGUGCUAGAUAAGCCAAAGGUGGUGACAUCUCACAUAGCUCAUAGCUUUAUUCUGUAAUAAACUUCCCAAUUUUCAAAUGUUGUUUAGUAAAUGUUGUGCACUACAAAACAUAAUUUUACAUUGUAUUGAAAAAAAAAAGUGUUGGAAUAGUUCUCUGUCAUGUGACAUGACUACAUAUUUAUGUAAAGUAUGUAUGUAUUUAGUGCUUUAUUGUGUACAGUAUUAAAACAUUUUUUGAAGUGA